UGCAUUAUCCCGAGGCCGACACCUCGCGCUGCCGCGAGUCGUUGAAUUUUUUAAUCCCAUCAACGAGGGGCCGGUUCAACCGAAAACUACGUACGCCGCUUUGCCAUUAAUCUUUCACGCGUCCGUCGCGUACGAAGAUCAUAUCUCCAUAUCGAAAUGUAUUCCCGGUGUUGCAGACCGCGAGCGCGGGUCUGUAAAAAUCGAGCACUUUCAGGGGGCACUGGCGGGGUAUCUUUUUUACACCGUCGAUAUCGAUGCUUUUAUUUUACGUUUCGGCGCAGCGGAGAACAGUUAGAUUUUUUUUUUCUAUUUUUGUAUCGACGACAAUAAACCGCGAAUUUAUGCCGCAUAUGAUGUUUUUUUUUUUUACAACGACAGACUGUUUUUCAAUGGAAUCACUGGCGCGGUCUUUCAAAGGAAAAUAUGAUAGAUGAACUUAUCGCUAUCGCUGCUUGGCACGAUAAAUUCUUUUCAGUUGUGCAAUUGAACGGUGCCGAUCGAAGGUGUCUAAUGAUCGAGGAGAUUGCAGGUUACUUGUUGAGAAUUUCAAGCGGGUAUCGCAAGAGGACUUCUUCUACAAUCCAACGAACGUUUCAAGUAGACACUCUGAUUGCGAUAUAUCCCGGAGAAUAACGAGUAUCAUAAAUUCGCACCACGCUAACGAUUGUGCUCGUUUCUCCGUUCUACAAAUGAUGCCGUAGCUUCUAAUGAUGAAAAUUGUGAAUUAGUUUAAAAAUGAAAUUUUGAAAUGUUAACGCUUAUGUGCGCGUACACACUAUAUCGCGAGUACGGUACGUUUUGAAAUUUCCCGAAAGUACACUUUCCUGUUUCAACUGUAACAAUGAUACGUGGUUUUAGUAGGGAGCAGUUUGCAGUUUCGGUUAGACUGGACCCUUGGUCGCACUUCCACGAGCUUUAUUUUAAUAAUUAUCCCACACGGCUAAUGACCGUACCAUCGUAUUAGCCAUCGAGAUACGCUCUCGCGUGCUGCGACACUAUAUCACUUUCCUCAGAGACCAAGCAAGGGAGAUUGUGGAAGGUUGAAGGAGAGGAGGGAGGUUCCUUUUUCGACGGAAGAAGGGAAUAUAAAAAUAUGUGCUUAAGCCUUCAAUCGCCCUGGCUACAUCGCGAUUUACAUGAGAAGACAAAAACUUGCUUUCUAGGCGUCUCCUCUCCAUUUCCGCGAGCUUUUGCCGCACCCGUAGCUUUCUCUCCUUCCGCCCUCUAACAGAGAACUGUGCGGUACGGUACAGUGUGCAAACGCGGCGCGGGGAAAAGCUGGCUCAGCAGGACUCCCUCGUGCCGGUGCUUUGCAUUUUACAAUAGCAAAGAUAUUAUGUAAAGCGUCGGUGCACGCGCAGGCACGAUCACGCACGCGGCACCCCAACAGCAGCAGCAGCCGCCCGGGCGCGAGGCGAGCACACACGUAUGUACCUGGAACGCGGCGAACUUGGCGUUCGCGUGCACUUAGCACACUCGGAAUAUCGUAUCGCGUAACCGCAUACAUAUGUCGCCCGUAUAAUCUUUAUACAUGCAUACACGCGUAUCGUGUAGCGCGCACGCGUGUUCGCGCGCGCGGGCGCGCGCGCUUGAGCGUUUAAGCUCUUUCUCCUUUUCUUCCACCGCGACACCGUCGCGUCGUUGUCGUCACUUAUCCCGCGCCGCUCUCUCAACUCUGGUCCGUGUACAAAGUGUCUAUGCGCGUGAGCGCACGAUGUUUCUCUCUCGACCGCUUCCGCGGCGAUGUAUAUUCUCGCACGUAUGCAUACGAUGCAUCGGCAGAAGGAGCGAAAGAGGGGGAGAGAAAGAGAGAAAGAGAAAGAAAGAUAGGUGGAUGGUUACGUGUCGUUCCGGUGUAUACACACAUCCACCCCGCGUACUCGCGCAUUUAAAUUCCCUCUUCUUUUCUCACGAAGCUCCUCCUCACAGCCUUAUCUUACGUAACGUCUCCCGUCUAUAACGCGAAUGUAUGUGUGUGCUCAGGAGAGAUAUACAUUUCGGAUAACGAAUGAUAUAAGGGAAACGGCGCGAGACGUUCCGGGUUAAGCUAAUACUCGAUGUACCUCUAAUAAGUAAUGUACGUUACAUUGUAGCAAGAAUAAUCUUACUACGGUGGAGCUGUAUGGGGAAGAAGGGAGAGGUGUCAUCAUUUCACACAUCUGCAGGCGUCUUAUCUUUCCUCUAGCUCGCACGGCAGUUAAUUAAAGCGGUAAUAGGUGUUCCGUUUGCUAUAUUCGCAAAUUGUCAGGGAUCCCGUUUGCAAAUCUUGUUGGAUACGCCAACUUUUCCGUCACAAUCCGUAGAAUACGAUAUUUAUAUGACAAUAUUUAUACGACGGACAGACGCAAAGGAGGGAUGCAAACUGCGCGUUCGCGAGGUGGAUGACAUAUUCUUUCCAUUUACAACCCUCCGAGCACUCCGCUUCCGUACCGCUCGCUGGACUCAAAGGACGAAAUACGUUAUAUACGCGAGGGAAAAGAAGGGCGCGCCAGUAUCGGGCUAAUAUAGGGUCGCAAAAGGUGAAAGGAUCUUGACGUCUUGCAUCUACCUUCUGACUUACCCUCCUCGGCGCGGCGCGACGCGGUAGGUCCCGUCUCCGCCAUCCUUAUUGCCAGUCGCGUUGCACUCCCUCUCCGCGCGCGCUCGAUCUGCAAAGAAGAGUGCUGGCCUAACGCGGGUAUCGAUUCUCUCCACCCGUGUAUGUGUAUUAUGUACGUACGGUAUGCUCCACAAGGGCAUCGGGUUAUCUAUACGAGCCAUUUUAACGCGGUGCAUUGUCUUCGGUGAAUUGCAUUCCGUAGAUACUGCCGCCUGGCUGUCGCCGCCUGUGCCCCAAGCUAUCGCUCGUUGUAUCGAGACUGUUAUGCGAUUCACGCACCGCCGCAAUAGUGGCGAUACGAAGCGCGCUUGAAAAAAGUUGGCUGACAAAGCGCGGGGCGGAAGGGGCGAGCGAGCGAGCGAACGCGAAAACGCAACUCUCUGUUCGCCGGCCGAGCGGAUGAAUUUCGCCGUACAUCAAAAAAAAAAAAAAAAAUUCAAUCAAAAUGGUGCACGCGAGCGAUCCCUGAGCGCCUUUUUUCUCUUCUCCCUUUUGAUACCUCUAACAUACCGGCCCGGCCUUGUGAGGCCGAUAGUCGGCCCAUUAUCGUCCACAAUGUUGCACGUCGCGAUACUCGGAGAUUGAACUCUCGACCGAAGCGCGAGAAUUCAAUGGCCUAUUUUUGAUGUAUAAUCCCUUCAGGAAUUACUAUCGGAAAUUAAGGACUUUCCUUUGAUUUUUUACAAGAUUUUUAACGCGUUAAAUAACACUACGAUGUACUCACUUAUAGUAGACAGGACGAGGGAUGAAAGUAAUACUUUGAAUUGGUGUCUUUAUCUGGUCCAUUCUCCUCUAGUUUUUUUUACAUCUCUUAAAGUCGUUGAUAACCCAACAUGUAUCUAUCACAUAUACAUACACACAUACUUGUAUAUAUAUGUUUUAAUUGACCAGAUUGCCAUUUUGGAUCAGAAACGUGAUCAAUAUCAACGUUGUCAUGCACAACAAAAAUUUAUACACCGAGAAACAAUUAAUUACAUUAAAUCUCAAUUCCAUUGACCGUAGUACGAAACAACCACACAAGUUUAUCAUAAUGUUUACACGUUAUUGUAAUAUUUGUGUGUGUGUGGUUAUUGGUUUUUUUUUGUUUACGUGCUCGAACGUAUACCUAGAUAUAAUAAAUCAAAAUUAGGAGUAAUCUUCAUUCGCUCUUUUCUUCUCGUUUAUCGUUAGUGCUUCGUUUUUCUCGGCGCAUGUCGCGCCGGCGCCGGGAUUAAAGGCGGAAGACGCGAAGAAUUCGAACCGCGCGAGGAUUACUCGCGUAACUCGCGCACUUGACAGCGCGGAAGGUGAAGGUUAUUUAUGUGGCAGUCCUUAAUUAAGUUCGUCCUGUAAUCGGCGUAAUCCACUUUGCGAAGAGAAUGGUCCCGUAUGUUCGCUCGAUUUCCAAGUACGCCCACCGAACUGACCCACUAUACCGCAAUGUGGCGGCAUUAGUAUGUGGAUAUACAUACAUAUAUACACGUAUACAUGUAUGUAUGCACGAAUGUAAGGCUUACACGAGACACGCUGCUUUGUAUUCAUAUCUCAAUGGUGAGAACUUUCUAACGAUAUUAUGGACUAGGCUGAUCCGCGUUCCACCCUUUCGACCCUUGCGAAUCUCCGCAAUUUGUAUCUCCCCAACAUAACGAUUUGAGGAUAAUUGUGUUUUAUUACCCUAUGAAUUCCCGCGUUUUCCCUAUCGAAUUAUACCAAGUUUCGAGGGUAGUUGUUUACUAAUGGUUGACCCAGCUUUGAUUGCUUAUUUUAUUAGUACGUCGUUAUCGUUGCAAGCUCGCUCGUCAAGCGCUUCAAGCGAACUGAUACGCGAAUAAUUUCAAUGCGAAUGGAACAAUUGUUCGACAUAUUGAAGUUGGGAACUUAUUCGAAUCCGUACGGCAAGUCUGGAUUUAACGUACGAUAUGAAUUUAAAAGCAACGUCAUCAUGCUCUCGUGAUACCAUGAUGUUAACAGCGCUGCUGAAAAAUGCAGAUUUGGGUAGCGAGCGGCUUGGAGUAGCAUCCGAGAGCCCUAAGUAGUGAAAAACUGCGAGACACGAAGUGGGUUAAGCCUGCCGCGGUCUAGAUUCCAUAUUUUCAAUCUUCUCGGAGCCGCCUAGAGCCAAGACCUCCGCCAUCAAGUUGCAUAAAAGCGCAACCUUUGAAAAGGGCGCACGUGUGCUUCAUCCAGCUUUCGACAAGAGCGCGCUCGCGACGAGGAGCACUUAGUUGGCGACGUGCAAGAUGAAAUAUGUUCCCUUUGCGUUACAUCAAUUCCUACAAGCGGCGGUCGACUUUAAACACUCGUGCGGUAUCUCCUAUUUCGAAGCGUUUCACGAGUUAUUAGGAUUAUGCGCAGAUACUAGCGGCUGUAUCCGCUAGAAAGAUACUACCAUGCCAGUAAUUGUGCGGUUAAUGUAUGCAAAAAGGAUGCAAAUUUAUCGCUUGUUGCGCGAACGAUUUGCAUAUCUGAUGACGGAUGCUUGUUGUAAAACGUUGCUAUGCAUUAUUUAAGUACGCCCGUUGCAUUUAACCCUCGCAGUUUGCGCGAUGGUAUAACGAUCCCGCGUAUAGCCUCCUCUCGUCCAAUGUUAUCGCCCAGAUACGUCGACUUUAGUUUAUUUAGGGCACGCCGAUUUAAUCUCCGUGAAAUCGAUCGCCGAUUUAACGAAAUAUUAUCCCACGGUUACGCUCCACCUCGCUUAUGCUAAUGAAUUUGCGAUAUCCUCUCCGGCGAUUAAUUAGAUUUUGUCUGUUGCUCGAGCGUUUUUAAUGCCUCACGCUAAUCACGGUUCGCGUUUUGUCCGACUCUGCGCUCUCUUGCCGCGAAGCUCCCGCGAGCGAACCCGUGUGAACGCGCGCAGGUCACCGAUAAUGAAUGUCGACCCAUGUAAAUUGGGUUAAUUGAAUUUCAAUUCAACGUACGCAUCAGAUUUUUCGUCAUGGAUUUUUGCCCGCGGCUUUUCGCGACUAUUAACUGUGCGGUGUACAAAUUGCGAUCUAACGUACGGUCAGAUGACGCGGCAAUCCGCCCGCGAGCGUUUUCUCCGCGCCGGAUCGCAACGUUGUGUGCAAAAUUAUUAACGACGUACACGGCGCAUCGCGCGUCUCUCGCGGCGCUGCACCGCUCGGCUCAUCUUGUUUUUUUUUCUUCGCUGAAAUUACCGCGCGCGACUUACUACGCUGUCAUUUGACCGUUCUGUAACCGGUGGGUUUAAUUUCCACUCGCGGGGCGCAGACUCAUUAGACUCGAUUAGUCUGCAAGCAGACACACUCCUUGAUGUCUUCCACGCGUACAUCCUCGUGCACGUAUACGGGGCGUGUACACACCGGCGAACCGGUGUGCACAAACUCGAUGUCACCAUUAGAAUUCAAGCAGCACGUUGGUAUGUAUUCCAAUGUAUGUAUUCACGUGCGUUACUCACCCAAGUAUGCACUGCCAAGUGUAUGUACUUGGGUGAAUGCGGUGAAUUGUCAUGGAUGCGUGAAUUGUCUUGCGUGCACGCGCGUGCAUUCAAAGGAUCUGCCCUUGCGCGCAAAGCACAGGGUGAAUAAUUGGGUUAAGCAAUAUAUCGCAGAAAUAAUUUAUAGACUAUUCUCGUGACUAUCACUUUGGACAAUACCAGGAAAUUUGAAUUGAAGAUCAAUUGGAAUUGUUGAUUUUUAAAUUAGAUUAAGGAAUAUUCGAUGAACGAAUACAAUACGAGCGACAGAUCUUGCGCAUACCUUAACAUUCGCCGUUACCGCAUUGUCAUGAUGGCCGUAUUGUCAUUUGCGCGAUACGACAUCUGCUUCGGUUUAGUGAAUAUUUGGCAUGCGGUACGAAUAAUGGAGUACUCUGUAUUGUGCUGAAAUCACGCGGUGUACAGGCACUGGGCACAGGCUCGUUAAAAUGUACCACGUGCCGCGGAUCGCGUGUCGCACGAAGACCGACCAGAAAGUCUCUGGAUUUCCGACUUCUAAUGUCACUGGCAUACGGAAAUGACACUUUAAUCAGUUUGUGCCGUGUACGCGGACCUGUCGAUCAUCUGCACGAAGCCAAGUUAACGUUAGAGAUUGAGAUCGGAAUACGAAAGAAAGAAACGGGAAAACUGUAAGAACCUUUACGUGACGUAACAUCGAAUCGAUGAGCGGCAUCGUCGCCAGACCACGAAGUCGAGAUAAAUAUGUUCUGGAUGAUCAAAUAACCGUUGGACAUUCGAAGAUGAAUUGGCCACUGGUGCUGACUUGUUUUUUGCUGCCCCAGUCGUGCAUUCUCGGUGCAUCGCGUGGCUGCACAUUCCCGGAGGAAUGGUACGGUCGGUGGUUCCAGUCGGGGAUUACGGACUUGGUGACGGUCAACGGUUCCGAAAUCACCAGCAAGGGCUUCUGCAUCGAGAAAAACGGCGACAAGUUUCUCGUUCAUGACACGAAGUACAGAUGUUACCGGUGCAUUGUGAUGCAUGCGCAACAUGCCAACGUUCUGCAAUACAAAGAAACUUAUUGCACGAGCGAUUCACCGGAACCGAGUCUGCUGACCCAAUGCGGCACGCUGACCAGCGAUGCCACUCUGGUCUCUCUGUUUCGCUCCAAUGCAGCGCCGCUGCCCUGUCCCAUUAAGGGUCCCUUGGAGUUCACGUACAGCCAGGGCGAGGGCGAGUGCAAUUCGCCGCGGUCACGGGCGGAAGCGUGCACGCAGGACUCGCGUCUGCUCCUGCGCUACCAAGCGUGUGCCAACGUUCACUCGUCCGAAAGCGUGGACGUAGAAUUGGAGUGUCUGGCUCAUUGGAGGGAGGGCAGCACAAAUUACAUGGUCGCACGUUUACACAGCGAUCGUAACGAUCGUAAAACAAGCGACGAGGAGAGCUACAGAUGCUUUAUUUACACGAAUCCAUCGAACAACACGUGGAACCUCGCGCAGAGCUCGGAUGCCGCCUGCAACGGAUUGAUCAGCGUCACCGAGGCCGCCAGAACAUUCAAGAUGAUACAGAAAAAGCCACUGCAGCGUUGCGCGUAUCCGUCCUGGGUGGUGGCCGGUAAAUCGUGGGUGGCUUUGGAUCGAAUGGCUUCUCGACUCCUGGCGUCGCCUUACAACCUCACGAUUCUCGACCGAAACGAGACCCGCCUUGUUUGCCAUUCAGCUGUUUCCAUUGAUGAUCAUCACUAUCACCAUUCCAUGCCGAUCGAUAGGGAGACCCAGAAGCAGUUCGUCGCAAAGGCAACGCGAGAUUGCAAGAACGGAUACGUAUGCGUCAUGUUCCACAAGAGGGACGAGCACGUAAUAGAGAUGCAACUGUCGGAAUGGGGCCAGCAGCCCGACGACAUAUGCAACUCGAGCACGUUCAACUCGCACACGAUGCCGUACACGACGUUCAUCACGUCCGAUCCGAUGACCAGGCAAUGCCCCAAUCUCGGUCGCUACGAGAUCGUGUCGUUGUUUCGGCCACCGAAUGCCGACAACCUCGAGAGCGUAUUGGCCGUCGACGGCGAGCAGAACGUUGCUAACGCAGCGGAGGUGCACGACGUGAGAGUGCCCUCGACAGCGUACCCAAGCCAGUGCCAUCACGGUAGUGUACGUAGAUUGGACAUCGGUUGCAGGACACCCGAUCGCAUGGAGUUUGCUACGUCUUGCAGCGACGAGGCGUUAUCCGUCGAUGCCGUCUCGUUUCCAGAGUACUUAUGCCAUGGAACUUGGGUGGAGAACGGCACCGCUUACUUGGUGGCUAGCACCGACGUCGGGCGUUACUGCCUCGUUUACAGCGCGUCCGCCGCGACGACAGGAAGUCGUGAACUCUCGGUGACGGGCCAUCUCGCUUCCUGUCCGAGAGCCUCUCAUCGCUAUCCAGUCUCGUGGCAGGUGAACCUCACGUCGUACGCUCAAUGCGGCGAGGUCUCGUCGGGGACCACGUGGGCGCUUCGGGUGCCGAUGUCUCUUCUCCACAUCAUUUUCCUCGGCGCCCUCCUCGCCAGAUACAUCGCGAGGUGAUGCCACUGAGCCGAGACGCGCCACGCACCGGUGGCUAUAUAGUUAAAAGAACAAAAACUCUUAUUGCGAAAUAUUUGCAUUUGUGAUGAUUGUGUGUGACAUGCUGGUACGGUGAGGUAAACUAAAUAAUCAAUCUUAGGACAUAAGUGAGCGCGAGCGCGAGCGCCGUGCGUCGUGACGCACGAAUGGAUGAGAAGUGAUUAAAAAAUAUAAAAGAGACAAGUCGGAAACGGGUAAGGUAUAUAUACAUAUAGAGAUGCAUGUCCCGCGAAUGUGGCAAAGCCGAGUAUGGAAGCGAGGCUUUACGAAUGUACAUAAAAAUCGAUGCGUUUACGAAACGCAAGCUUCCUACACAGUUCCGCUACGAGAGAUCGAUUGAAAUAACAUUAUUAUUGAGGAGAGAGAGAAAGAGAGAGUCAAAGCUCAGCUAUCGAAACUCGAUUACCUUAUUGCAAAGAAAAUAACAUAAAAAUGAUACAUAUAGAAUUAACGGACAUUUAAUUACCAUGUAUCGUUAUUAAUGUAACGAUAUCUUUCCAUAAAUUGUGACUAAAGGAAAAUGUUAUUUGUUAUAUGUUUUAUACGCGCGGCAGUAGUUAGAAAAUAAUUCCUCCUUCUCAUUCACAUUCUAUUGAUACAAUCGCAGUUGCAGAAAUUAUCCUUUAAUUACCACGCCCAACUGUGAUCGCAGCGUGAAAAUAUGCUGCGUUUAUUGCCCUCGAAUGAACUUGGUUUGUAUUGCCUUCGUAUGUCGCAAUCCUCGUUACGUUUCUCUUGUAUAAAGAAAGGCGAAGCGGGAAUGUGUUGCGUGGCUGGACGUCUUCGUACGUAGAGUCGGCGUGGAUUUGCGUUGCUGUAUAACGGGGUGUACGUUUGCCUUUGAAGAUGUGAGGAAAACCCAACGACGACUUAUUGAGUUUCGCGAAAAGAGUCGCUAGUUCCGCGAGGUCGUGACCGGAAAUAACGGACGACACGUUCGGGCUCUAUUUGUGCUUUUAUCUUUUACAGGCGGUGUUCUCGUUGCAAGAAAUGCUAGAGUGCAUUUAUUUGUUACGUCAUCUUUUAUAUAUAUUCAUUUAGGAUUAAAAUGUAAUCAUUACAGUGUAAUUUUCCAACAUUUAUUCGAUUCAAUUCUUUAAUUAUUUAAUCCUUUAUUUUACAUUAUAACAGUUGAAUAUUGAUAAAUUUUUUUAGUACAGACACGCAAACUGUCAUUAAAAAGAUAUUUUCCGUAAACUGUACAGAGAUUCUCAAAGUAUGGAUCGCGUCCUAUAGAUUUUAGUGGGUGAAAAAUUUUUCAACGAUGGUAGGAAGCAAAACCAAAUAGAUUGCACUUAUUAAACUCCUUGCGCAUGAAAAAAAUAUGUAUCGAUGACGAAACUAUCAUUGACAGAAAUAGGAAAUAAAUACAUUCUUCACACUUUCAUAUCUUAAUAUGUAUUUGAGAAAUUACAGAUUUAUAAUAUUAUAUUCAAGAUAAAAUUAAAAUGUAGAAAUAUAGUGGUAUAACUAAAUAUUCAUUUUAUACCUCUUCGCUCUUUCAUUUUCAUUAAAAUGGAUUGCGAUUCAUACAAGCUUGGGAAACUCUGGUCUAAUACUAAUUUCGCUCGAUGCUACAUAUGCAAAUUCCUGACGCUUGUACUAGUCGUCGCGUGAGAUGAUGUAAUAAUAAAAGAAAAUAAUAAGGGUGCUGGGGCCAAUAUUAUACGAAAUGAGUGUUGCUCAUAGAGAGAGGGAGUAAGAGCGAAAGAGAAAGACAGAGAGAAAGACAGAAUGAAUGAGAGAACGAGAGAGAGAGAGAGAGAGAGAGAAAGAGAAAAGAGAAGAGAGAGAGAGCGAGUGACAGAGAGGAAGUGAUAGAACUAUAACUACUUAGAAGUAGCUCGGCAGCCAGUGCCACAUUCGCCGGACGCGUUCGACGCUUCUAAGUGCGACGAGCGAUACAUGUACUUACUUAGGGAAGAAUAAGAAAACUGCCACGUCCAACCUGUAAUUAUACGCAUUUCCGUUAAAAGCUUCGUGGCACGAAUCGCUCUUUGCUGAGGAGCCGCUGUAAAAAGAGAAAAAACUAUACGAACGAUUAUUACUGUAAUUAUUACUACUAUCGCUGUUAGUACCAUAAGGCCGGAAUAACGAGAAAAACGAACUCUUUGCUCCUAAAGAAUUCCUCGCUUUCUUUUAUACACCUCGCGCGGGAGAGAUAUUUAUCGGGUGGAGGGAGCGUUUAGCCUGUAAGCACUCUGUAAAAACUACACUCUGAUCCGCCAUUGAACUUUAAUCCUCGUGCGAUGAAUGUGAGGUCGAUACCUAGCUGUACGCUAUCGAGAGCUUCUGUCAAGUGAUCGAGAAAUCUCGGUCGCGCGAUCCUAUUCCGCGUGUGUCGUAGUCGUAAUAGAAAUGUACUUGCAGCGCAAGGACUUGAGGUGAUGGCAACGAUUUGAGAUGAACACGAAAUAUCACUGCCAUCAAGCAUUUUCUUUGAUGCGAGAAAUACGAAAUUUGAAAUACGAAACAGAAUAAUGAUGGAAUGAAAUUCAAUUAGCGAUUGACGAAGUAGAAAUAAUUAGGCUAGUUAAAAGAUAUUCAAUUCUGGAUUUUUUUUUUAACGAAGAAUUAGUAUUGGGUUGGUUGAUUUAAUUUCAUCUCUUUUGUCCACUCCAAAGAUUCUUCGCGAUACUAAUCGAAAUGUUGAAAAUAUAAGAUAAGAAAAAAAGUGCAAUUUCAGAAUAAUAUUAUUCAAUUCAAUUAUCAAAUGAACAUGCGACGGAAGAUCAUUGCAACAUAUCGGUAUCGAGAGAAAAAAUAGGCAGUAGGCUAGACUGCAUGCGACAUAAUAAUAAAUAACAUUCAGGUUUCUUACGUAAAAUUCAGCCAUAAUUUUUCGGAUAAUUUGACAACAUAUUGCCUGAAAAAGUCUGAAACUAGAAAAAAAUAGAUUCUGCAUUUUUUCAAAUGUGAUUUUUCAGAAAUGACGAUCCAAUAAAAAUAAUUCCUUUUAACGUUAUAUGAAUCUUUUUGAGAAAUCAUUAAUCAUUUAAUUUUAAACCGACCAUGUAUCGGAUUUUGUUAAAGACAUUUUAAAGCGUUAAGAAUUAUUGUAUAAAAGGAAGAAAGAGAAACGAAACGACGACAUUGUGCGAUCGUUUGAUACGAUCGUCUAACAGAAACCAACAUGUCGACAAAAUAUACAUAUUUUUUAUCCGAAAUAUUUUACUUAAGGGCUCUCCGAUCGCAGGACGGAGGGCGAAAACGGUAUUCGGCCGCGUAUUAAUCGAUUAUACACAUAUACUUGGGCAGUUAGAUUUACGCAAACAAAUAUAUAAAUAAUAUUAUACGCGACAAAUCGAUGUUGGCUAUAAAUUGUACACUAUUAGGUAAACCGAACAAAAUAUAGGGGAGAUAAUAAGGACAUAGUCGAGGAUCGAAAGUACCCAAUCAGCGUUCGAUUUCUUCCCAUCGUGCUUUAUCCUUUAUCCAUAGUAAGCCAUAUACGCGAAACAUAAUUUUUCUGAAUUCUUUUUAUAGCAAUUCUCUUGCAAUCAUGUCUUUAAGAUGAUAUCGAUGAUUACUCUAAUUUCUCUAUUUGUUCUGUACGCGAAGUUUCACACAAGAGGAAUUCCAAGAUUUUAGAGUGCCAGCUGCUCUAACGAUCGUAAAAAUACAGUUGUUGUUUUUCCUUACAACCGUGAUCUCCAGUACGUACAUUUCAGCAUUGUUCCGUGCUCUCUGUCAAUUAGUGUUCUGUAGUACAGCGAGCUUUUGUACUAUUCUGUUCCACGAACUAGUUUCGCGGAAUCAGUAAACACGAAGUAUACGUUUCGCCGACCUUUAUUUAAGUUGCAUCCCAGAAUCGAAGGCUGCGGGAGAGAUUAUUUGUACAUAAUAGGCUUUAUAAAGGAUUCGAAUAUAUAUGUAUAGUGACAAACGCGAUCGAGUGUAAUCUCGCGUCGUGUACGUCGACACGAAGAGAUAUUCGUUGUAAAAAGAGGAAGACGGGAAAGAAGAAUUAAAAAAAAAGCUGGAGGUGAAUUCAAUUUUAUGAUAGUGAUCGCGAGAUUGUAGAUUUCAGGGUAUUUAUAUCGAAGGUUACAUAGUUAUACAAAUAUACAGAAAUAUUUAAAGAUAAAUUAUAUUGUGAAAAAAAAAAAAUAUAUAUACUAUGUUUUUAUUGUUGUAAAGUUGACCGGUGCGGCCGACGCAUCGACGAGAUUAAGCUCUGUUCUUGUAACUAACGUAAUUCAUGUAGUUGCACCCGCUAUUAAGUUACCUCCGUCACCAUACAACAAUAUUCGAGUACGCAUCGAAGUAGCCCCGUUUUUAAAUUUCCGAAUCAGAUGCGUAGGGCGUGUUGCUAUUAUCAACUUUUCCUAUUUUGUUCCUUUGUUUUUCUUUUUCUUGUACUUACGAGUGGCAGAGAGAGAGAGAGAGAGAGAGAGAGAGAGAGAGAGAGAGAUUUUCGCAGAACGACGACAGACAAGAUGUAUAUAUAUAAAUUUGAGAAAAAUGUCUCGAUAUUAUCCGGCGCACGAGGGCGAACUAAGUGGCGGAUACUCUAAGGCGGUUAAAUAAUCCAGAUGUUUAUAACAUAAGGCGGAAAGAGGGAUUUCUCUUUCCGCUCUCCUUAUACAGUGUAAUCGAACACGCGCACACGUCACUACCUGUAGGGCACGACACAACGACUAUUACCGUCUCUAAGUCUUAGCGAAGUUACUUGGUAAUUUUUAAUCUCGAUUUUCGUAAACGAUGGGGGCGAGACCCGAUGGAGCAUCGGACGUAAUCCACACACCCCUCGAAUUGGCCCGCGAGUCGAGGGUAGACGAAUCUCUCCUAUCGGCGUCUCGUUCUCGAGCCGGUGUGCACUCAGGUAUUAUAUAUACUUGUCGGGAGGAGAUUCAGCCGAUUUCGCGAGAGGAACUUUUUGUUUAGCGCAAACGAGAGCCCAGACCUGUCGAGGCUUCCUCCUUUCCGUUGUAGGAUUCGCGACAUGUUUAUUCUUCAUCGAGGCCUGGCGCGGUUGACGAUUCAUAAAGCAUCCCAAUAUAUCCCGCAAUAACGAGGCGAUAGAUUUAGGAGUAAUCGCAUGGUGUAAAGCCUCCGACACAUACCUUUUCAUCGAGGAAUAUCAGCUUUAUUCCGCGUGUGUGCGUAUGCGCGUGUGGGCGCGCGGCGUCGAUUAUCAAAUAAGUAAUUAGAGGGGAGGCGGCGACGACAAAGCUAUUGUAUGUAUUGUACUGAUAGGGGGAAAAAAAAAUUACGGACAGAGUUGAUAAAAUGUUCUGUACCGUAACACGCGCGAGAUCUGAUGGUACUACUACUCUAAAAGUUCAUCACGCUUGAAGGCUAUCGAGAAUCUAUACAUAACUGAGUGUUUUACUAUUGGAUUACAAUAUUACCUAUUAAUGUAAAUGAUACCUAUUAAUGUAUAAAUGGUUUUUCAUUAUUACAUUAUUAUUAUAUUAUAGAUGUUAUACUUAAUAAUAUAUUUACAAAUAAUUAAGACGA